CGAGAGUUUUAACGAACUUGUGCACGAAUAAAAAGUGUACGCGCUACACAUCGCCGCCAGUUCGAAUCGAGUUUUGAAGUAGAUACAACGACCUGUUUAAACGAGCGCAAGUUCUUAGUACACAUUAGCACUAUUUAAGUAAAGCAUAUAGCUAGGCGCAUAAACGUUAAUAUGAGUUGUCACAAGAAUUCCACCCCUUUGUAAUUUGGUGAAGUUGACAUGAACAAAUUUUUACCUACGCCAACGCAAAUUGUAAUACAUAUGAAUGGAAAUAUAAUAUUAAAUUAAAAGUAUACCAACAUAAAUUCAUAAGUACUAGUUACUUAUAAGAAUGUAAAUUAGUGAAAAUAGUGUGUGACAAAUUAUGGCGCCUGAUUUCACCAUCUGAUUGAAGAAAUGAAUAUCUAAUAAAUAUGCAAAUAUGUGCUUAUAUGUAAACAUUAUGUAAAACGUUUGAAAGGAAUACAUCUACUUAAAUUAUUUUUGAUUUAAAUGCAUAUUGUUUAAUAAUAAAAAAUAGAUUUUUUUUUUAAUAUUUGCGUUGAACGGAAUUCCAAAGUUAUGGUAACGCGUGCAUCGAGUGUGCCUCAUUUAAAUAGUAGCGCUGGCAGCAGCAAUGAAAGUGCCUCAGGUUCUGGUUCCGGACCCAAUAGUCGCCGAAGUCGCCUACCAAAUACGCGCGCAAAACGCACGGGAAAAAGUGUUACGCCCACGCAAACGCGCAAUUUGUCUGGCGGCAUGCCACGUUCACGGAGCCUUACCCAUGGCAUGCGGAGAUCUACUCCUCAGAAGAGCAAUAGCAGUUCCGGUGGUAUGGGAACGAGGAAUACUCCGGUUUUUCUACGUUCCCGCGAAAACGAAAUUGGUAGCGCAGAUACGAUGGAAAUAGUGGCUUCUAAGUCCAGUGGCAGUGAACCUUCAACGCCGGAGGACAACGUAAAUGUGGUGGUCAGAGUUCGGCCGUUGAACGAGAAGGAAAAGAGGGAUAGACAUGGCAUGAUUCUACAGUUUCCUGGAAAUGGACAAAUAAUAAUCGAAAGCAGUGAGGGCAGCAACAGAAGAUCGCGAAAUCAAGAAAACGUGCACGUCUUUACUUAUAAUGUGGUGUUUGAACCUGGAGCAACUCAAGAAGAUAUUUUGGAUUAUUCAGGCAUCAAACGUAUAAUUGAAAUGGCAAUCGAAGGGUUUAGUUGCACUGCAUUUUGUUAUGGACAAACCGGUUCGGGAAAAACACAUACGCUAACCGGUCCACCCGAUCUGUUUGUCGGCAAGCCAAAUUUAAAUGAUCCACGGCAUGGUCUCAUCUUCCGAUCGUUCUUGUACCUCUUCCAGUUGAUAAAAGAUCGCAAGGAUGUCAACUAUGUGCUAAAGGCGUCUUUCCUUGAAAUCUACAAUGAACGUGAAUGAGGAACCGUGCAGUUGGUUCUCAUGCCAUGAACGAUCACUCGUCGCGUUCACACACAAUGCUCACGGUGCACAUAAUUUCUGAACAACAAACGGAUGGUGGAGUGUUUAUUUCGAAGCAUGGAAAAAUAAAUUUUGUGGAUCUGGCUGGCAGUGAACUUACCAAGAAAACACUUAGUGAAGGCAAGACGCUGGAGGAAGCAAAUAAUAUUAAUAAAAGUUUAAUGGUUUUAGGUAAAACCACAUUUUACUUGAGGAUAAUAUGGAAAUCAGUAAACAUUUUUAUUCCAGGAUAUUGUAUUGCUUCAUUGAGCGACAAUAAAAAACGAUUCGGACACAUUCCCUAUCGCGAUAGUCAAUUGACCAAAUUACUGGCUGACAGCUUAGCUGGUAACGGUGUUACACUGAUGAUCGCUUGCGUCUCUCCAGCCCAAUACAAUUAUGCUGAGACUUUGAACACUUUACGAUAUGCGUCCAGAGCCAAAAGGAUUCGCACGAAACCUGUCAUUAUGAUGGAUCCACGCGAGGCGCUUAUAUUGAGCCUCAAGCGUGACAUAAACGCUUUAGAAAUUGAAAAUGAUCAUCUCAAAGCUGCGCUAAAUUUGCACCAUGAUUUUAUGAAGACACCAAACGGGGCGCAACAAAAUGGUGAACUAUUAGAAUUGCAUCUCGAACGUGUAGCGACCGGUGGUAUCGAGGUACCGAAAGUAAAUCUGGAACGCUUAGUUGAGUUAGAUGGUAAUGAAUUGGCUGAACUGGUGAAACUGUAUAUGCAAGAGAAUGAAGCUUUACGACAAGAAAACAAUCAUCUAUUCACUGUUCGUGAAACCAUACUCAGGGAUCAGGAAAUUGUAUGUCGCGAGAAUGAACGAUUGCUCAAAAAGCUCGAAGACGUCAACAAGGUUUGUGUCCGCUCCCCUCUUAUACCUGCACAUUCAGCAAUAACUGCCGAUUCAGGUAGUGGAACAGGAAGUUCGGAGAUUUGGACGAAUCCCCAGGAUGUACCAAUAUUCGAGCGCCCUGCUGAAAUGGAAGGCCGCAUAUCUGAGAAUAAAGACAGGCGAUCAGAUGAGGAUCAGCGUAAAAUUGAUCAGCAACGUAUUGCAAGGAACAUUAUGCUUAUGGCGAACACACUGCAGAAGAAACCUAACGAUAAAAAUGAAAGAGAUGAACCGAACUCUAUUGAAAGGGAUAACCCAAAAGCUGAUCAAUCAGAUUACAUGCCAGACAUGCUCACAUAAGCAUAUCAAAGGACGGGAUUAUUAUAUUUAGUACCUGAAAAUGCUCAUUAUUACCACUGCAUCCCAGAAAUAUUUAUAGAACCGUUGACUGAGAGUCAGAUUGUUAUGUCGUCAUAUUUUAAUAUAAACACGUGCAUAUUAACAAUGCCUUUGUAAGCUAUCCUCAUAUUAUUGGGAAAAUAUAUAUACUUAUAUAAUAUUUGUAAACUUCAACAAUCUCUGGAUUACACAAAAUUUACCUUUCUAUGGAUAGAUUCUCUAAUUGGUUAACGACAAUAUUCAGAUCGCAGUCACAUAAAAUAAAAUAAAAUAAAAACAAAUACAAGUCUGUAUACAACAAAUGACUAAGUGAUCAUCAAGUCAAUGUGCAGCAAUGGUAUUUUCAGAUAGAUUAAUCGAGAGUUCUAGCUUUAAUUUAAGCCAGGAAAGUUCUAUCACCUUUUGUUUCGGCAUAAGAAGUCUAUCAA